AUGGCCGCAGAGGGAGCGCGGGGCUUGAGUCAAACACAAAAGGUUUUUACGUUUAAAGACGAAGAGGAAUCUGUGACUGUGACCAUCCCUGAGGUGUUGGACCCAGAGUUCGGCAUGUACGUGUGGCCCUGUGCAGUGGUCCUGGCUCAGUUUGUGUGGAAGCGAAGAGGCGCCUUGAGGAACCGGACUGUUCUGGAGAUCGGAGCAGGCGUCUCUCUCCCUGGGGUCUUGGCGGCCCGGCUCGGGUCUCGGGUAUUUCUCUCGGACUCUGCGCAGCUCCACAGUCUCCAGAACUGUGUCCAGAGCUGUCGAGCAAAUGGCCUGGAGGUCCGAGAGGUCCGGUCAGAAGUCACGGCAGGGACAAAGGCCACGGUGGGGUCAGAGGUCGGCAUCCUCCCGCUCUCCUGGGGUCACAUGACUCCUGCUCUUCUGUCUCUGCCUCCAGUGGACGUCAUCCUGGGGUCAGACGUCUUCUACAGCCCACAAGAUUUCGAGAGCGUCCUGGUCACCGUGGCGAUGCUCUUCAGGAAGAACCCUCUCGCUCAGUUUUGGACCACCUACCAAGUCCGCAGCUCUGAUUGGUCCAUAGAGUUGCUGCAGUCCCUCUCAUUGGCUGUUUGUUGCCUCCUCAGCUCUGAUUGGUCCAUUGAGCUGCUCCUGUCUCGCUGGAGGAUGUCCUGCGAGCUCGUUCCUCUUCGCUCCUUCGACGCCGACCGUCCGGAGCUGGCUGGGUCCCGUCUCCCCGGCAACCACAGCGUCCAGAUGAUGCUGGUCGCCCCUGACAACAGGAGGCGGUCUCUACAACGAUAG